CUAUAACUAAACCCUUAGCUUGAAAUUCUCUCUCUCUCUCUCUCUCUCUCUCUCUCUCUCUCCAACCAAGUCCAGUUACGGUUCGCCAAAGGAAGAUUAUUCCUGGUUGCACUGUUCUACUGCAAUGGAGACAAAGAGUUCUUAUACUAAUGCUGUUGCUUUGGAAAGAAUUUUCUGCACUAUGAAGGAAGUCCUGGUGGUUGUGAAUGUCGUAGUUGCUGAGAAAUGCCUUUAUUGGCUCCUAUUGGUGAUUGGGUCCCUGUCUUAUGAUUUGUUGCCAGAAGUGAAGCACAAUGAUGAGAGGUUUCCGAUUGUUAACAGAGUGAGAGAGCCUGAUGUUCAAAAUGAUGAUGCUGGUAAAAGUGAAGGUCAUGAUGUUCAUGAGAAAUGUGAUUCUGAUGAUCAUGAUGUCGACGACAUGUCCAUAGGUGGCGGGAGCGAUGAUGGUGACGGGGAUCCCGAUGAUGAUAAUGAUGACGAUGAUGGGACAAAUGAUGAAAGGGGAAGUAGCGAUGGAGAUGAGGAUGGUGAUGAUGGGAACUCGGAAGAUGACUAUGAUGAAGAAGAUGAUGGAGAAGAAUACGAAGAUGAGGAGGAGGAGGAGGAGGAGGGCGAGAUAGAAAUGUCAGUGGAUACAACAGAAUCAGAAUACGAUGAUGACACAGAUGACGAACCUGGCUAUGGUUCUUUGCUGAGGCAUGCAAGGGAAGUUUAUGCAUCAACUAAUUUCUUCAUAUUUGAAAAUGAAUACAAGAAGUCAAAAACUCUAGAUGUUGACGUGAGCAAUGAGGACCAUGAUGAAAGAGGGUUAAUCUUUGAAUACACACUUCAGAAGACUGGGCACAAGUUUAGAGAACACACUGUUACUGCACUGCCACUUGAUGGAAUAAUAAAUUGUAGUUGCAAGUACUUCGAUUUAGUCGGAAUCUUAUGCUGUCACGCGAUAACAGUUCUUGGAUGCUUGCGCAUUGAGAAGAUUCCCAAUCCUCAUAUAUUAAAGUGGCAGACGAAAAAAGGCAAUCAGUUGAUGGGUGCUGGAAGCAUUAAGAAAUCGGGUUCUAAGGACGAGUUGGACAUGUAUACUAAGCGUGUUAGUAUCCCUCCAUUGAGGCACGCAGGGGACGUUUAUCUGGCAAACAUCUUUCCUAUGUCUCAAGAAACUUUUAAGAGAUCAGAAUAUCUAUCUGUUGAAACCGUCCGUGACACUAUUAGUGAUGGAGAGCUAAUUUAUGAUGGUGAGGCAAGAAAGCACAAGCAGUCCAGAUGCCAUGUUGAUGCCCCUCUGUUGAGGUUUACAAGGGAUAUCUACACAUCGAAUGUCUUUUCCAUGUUUCGCGAAGAAUACAAGAAGUCGGAGCACCUAUUUGUUAUGUUUAUCCACCAGACUUUUGAUGAUAUGGGGCUGUGUUUUGUGUGUGAAGUAAGAAAGCCUAGGCACUCUAGAUCUCAUAUAGUUCUUGCAGAAGCAAAUAAGGGGUUGGUGAAGUGUAGCUGCAAGGGGUUUGAGAAUACUGGGAUUUUAUGCUGCCAUGCACUUGCAGUCCUGGACUGCUUAUUCAUAGAGAGGGUUCCACCAAGAUACCUUUUGGAGGAGUUCAUGAAAAAUCCAGGGAUCGGUCUGGUGGAAAAAGAUAUUCAUGGAGAGAAAUAUCCCGAAUUGGAACGUUUCUUCCGUUGGUUAACUUUGCGUUACGGUGUCUAAUAGUUUUGGCCAAAAAGGCUGUCCUCGGGAUGAUUGAAUCAUUGAUCACACUAGGAAUUAGAGGCAAAACGGGGUCAAUCCGUCUUCAUCUCAAUCGCAGCUUCGCACAUCUUGGGUAGAAACUUCAUUGAGAUUUU